AUGGCUCCCAAGAGGUCCAAGUCGACUCGCACGCACCGAUCGACGUUAUCACUCCAGAAAACCGAGGUCGUUAUCAAUGUGUACGAUCUCCUCCCGCCUGGUAGAUUGUCCUCGGUGCUCUGGACGCUCGGCACAUCUCUUCUUCACUCGGGCGUCGUCAUCAAUGGCAGAGAGUACGCCUACGGCGGACACGACAGGCCGGGAGUGACGGGAGUGUACUGGACGAAACCAAAGACCGAGCCUCCCGGAGGCACGUUUCGAUGCGAGAUCAUGCACGGCUUCACGGUCGCGCCGCAGAACGAGAUCGACGCCAUCAUCCGCACCGCCUCGGAAGAGUUCCAGGGCACGGCGUACAACCUCCUCACCAAGAACUGCAACCACUUCACCGCGUACCUGUGCCAGAAGCUCACCGGCGAGUCCGGACCGCACUGGCUCAACCGGGCCGCCAGCAUCGGCGUCGCCCUGCCGUGCGUUGUCCCGCGCGACUGGAUCGAGCCGCCAGAUUACGACAAUGCCGAGGGGGAGCUGCUGGACGAGGACGACCAUGCGGACGAGCAGUCCAGGAUGCUGCGCCACUCGUCGGAGCAGCCCCAUCUGCUCCACGACGACCAUGGAUCCACCGGCGGCUGGGACAGCGAGGAGGAGCGCCGCCGAGGCGGAAGCGGCAAGGGCAAGGGCAAGGCCGCCGUUCGAGACACAGCAGGCAGGCCGCUCCCACCGUCGGAGCGGGCACCGUCGGGCUCGCGUGCAUGA